AUGUCCUUGGCUAUGGCUGGAACAAGGGCCCUUUUGACGCUGGAAAAUUUCAUAGAUGGGAAAUUUUUACCUUGUAGCUCAUACCUAGAUUCCUACGAUCCCUCUACGGGGGAAGUGUACUGCCGAGUGCCAGACAGUGGAAAAGAAGAGGUCGAAGCCGCGGUGGAGGCCGCCAGAGAAGCAUUUCCGGGCUGGUCCUCCCGGAGCCCCCAGGAGCGCUCGCAGGUGCUGCAGCGGCUGGCGGAUUUGCUGGAACAGUCCCUGGAGGAGCUGGCCCAGGCUGAAUCCAGGGACCAAGGGAAAACCCUAACCCUGGCGAGAACCAUGGACAUUCCCCGGUCUGUACAGAACUUCCGGUUCUUCGCUUCCUCCAUCCUGCACCACACAUCCGAGUGCACACAGAUGGACCACCUGGGCUGUCUCCACUACACGGUGCGGACCCCCGUGGGCAUCGCUGGUCUGAUCAGUCCCUGGAAUCUGCCCCUCUACUUGCUGACCUGGAAGCUGGCUCCAGCGAUCGCCGCUGGCAACACUGUGAUAGCCAAGCCCAGCGAGCUGACUUCUGUGACCGCGUGGAUGAUGUGCAAACUCCUGGAGAAAGCAGGUGUUCCACCAGGUGUGGUAAAUAUUGUGUUUGGAAUGGGACCCAGGGUAGGCGAGGCGCUGGUGUCCCACCCAGCGGUGCCCCUCAUCUCCUUCACUGGGAGCCAGCCCACAGCCGAGCGGAUCACACAGCUGAGUGCUCCCCACUGCAAGAAGCUCUCGCUGGAGCUGGGGGGCAAGAAUCCUGCCAUCAUCUUUGAAGAUGCCAACCUGGAGGAGUGUGUUCCGACCACAGUCAGGUCCAGCUUUGCCAACCAGGGUGAAAUUUGCCUCUGCACCAGCAGGAUCUUUGUCCAGAAGAGCAUCUAUAGUGAAUUUUUAAAGAGGUUUGUAAAAGCUACCAGAAUGUGGAAAGUUGGCAUUCCCUCUGACCCAUCAGCUAACAUGGGAGCUCUGAUCAGUAAAGCUCAUUUGGAGAAAGUCAGAAGUUACAUCAAGAAAGCUCGCAUGGAAGGGGCCCAAAUUCUGUGUGGUGAGGGAGUGGAUAAGUUAAACCUCCCCCCCAGGAAUCAAGCAGGGUACUUCAUGCUUCCCACGGUGAUAACAGACAUUAAGGACGAGUCCUGCUGCAUGAAGGAAGAGAUAUUUGGUCCAGUGACAUGUGUCGUCCCCUUUGAUAGUGAAGAGGAAGUGAUUCAAAGAGCCAACAGCGUUAAAUAUGGACUGGCCGCCACGGUGUGGUCAGGCAACGUGGGGCGUGUCCACCGGGUGGCCAAGAAGUUACAGUCAGGCUUGGUCUGGACCAACUGCUGGCUCAUCAGAGAGCUGAACCUGCCUUUUGGGGGGAUGAAGAGUUCUGGUGUGGGUAGAGAAGGAGCCAAGGACUCUUAUGAAUUCUUCACUGAAAUCAAAACCAUCACCAUUAAACACUGA